CUUAGACCCGAAGACAAAGAUGUUGAGAGAAGAAGAAAAGUAGCGAAGAAGAAGCAGCAGCUAAGGAAUAAGGAAAGGAAAAAACCGAAACCAUAAACUGAAAGAGCUUAGUAAUAAUAAUCCUCUUCAUCAAAAAUAUUUUUCAGCGUUUUGGUGAAGAGGUUUAAGCUCUUUCUCUUUCUUCUCUCCCAUUCAUUUCAUUCACUACACACACAAAAUUUCAGCUGGUAGAUAAAUAUAUAUAUAUAUAUUUUCGAUUAUUUUGGAAAUUGCAUCGAAUCGUGGUGCAAAGGAUCUUCUUGCUCUUCAGGAGUGUGGAUGAGUAGCAGCCAUUGGAGCUAGAUCCGGAACAAACCGAAGCUUCUGAUCCAAUCAAAUCGAUUGCAAAAUGGCUGCUACUGCCAAUCCUGUAGUUGGGUCCCAAGUUUGGUUGGAGGAUCCAGAGGCAGCUUGGAUAGAUGGUGAAGUUUUGGAGGUUAAGGGGCAAGACAUCAAAGUCCUUUGCACUUCAGGGAAGACGGUUGUGGUUAAAGUGUCCAGCGUUUAUCAUAAAGAUACUGAAGCUCCACCAUGUGGAGUGGAUGAUAUGACAAAGCUUGCUUAUCUGCAUGAACCUGGUGUCCUAGCUAAUCUGAGAUCUAGAUAUGACAUCAAUGAAAUAUAUACGUAUACUGGGAAUAUAUUGAUUGCUGUGAACCCGUUCAUAAAGCUCCCUCAUUUAUACGAUAGCCAUAUGAUGGCACAAUAUAAAGGAGCAGGUUUUGGCGAGCUAAGUCCACAUCCUUUUGCAGUUGCAGAUGCAGCAUAUAGGCUUAUGAUUAAUGAAGGAAUCAGUCAGUCAAUACUGGUUAGUGGUGAAAGUGGAGCUGGUAAAACAGAAAGCACAAAGUUACUCAUGCGCUAUCUUGCUUACAUGGGAGGUAGAGCUGCUGUUGGUGAAGGUAGGACUGUAGAGCAGAAAGUCCUAGAGUCCAAUCCUGUUCUAGAAGCCUUUGGCAAUGCAAAGACUGUUAGGAACAAUAAUUCAAGUCGUUUUGGGAAGUUUGUGGAGAUCCAAUUUGACCAGAGGGGAAGGAUUUCUGGAGCUGCUAUUAGAACAUAUCUGUUGGAAAGAUCACGUGUUUGCCAAUUGUCAGAUCCAGAAAGAAAUUAUCACUGUUUCUAUAUGCUGUGUGCUGCACCUCCAGAGGAUGUUAAGAAGUACAAAUUAGGAAACCCAAGAACAUUUCAUUAUCUAAACCAAACAAAUUGCUUUGAGUUGGAAGGAGUUGAUGAAGCAAAAGAAUAUCAUGAUACAAGGAGAGCAAUGGAUGUUGUUGGAAUAAGUUCUGAGGAGCAGGAAGCAAUAUUCCGAGUGGUAGCUGCAAUUUUGCAUCUUGGCAAUAUUGAAUUUACAAAAGGUCAGGAAAUUGACUCAUCUACGCCCAAAGAUGAAAAAUCUCGGUUCCAUCUACAAACUGCUGCUGAACUUUUCAUGUGUGAUGCAAAGGCACUUGAGAAUUCUCUUUGCAAGCGAGUGAUUGUUACACGUGAUGAAACAAUUACUAAAUGGUUGGAUCCAGAAUCUGCUGCACUUAGCCGAGAUGCUUUGGCUAAGAUUGUGUACACGAGGUUGUUUGACUGGCUGGUGGAUAAAAUUAAUAAUUCAAUUGGUCAAGACCCUGAGUCGAAGUCCUUAAUCGGUGUGCUGGAUAUUUAUGGUUUUGAAAGUUUCAAGACUAACAGUUUUGAGCAAUUUUGUAUUAAUUUGACCAAUGAAAAGCUUCAGCAACACUUUAAUCAGCAUGUUUUCAAAAUGGAGCAAGAAGAAUAUAAAAAAGAGGAGAUUGAUUGGAGUUACAUUGAGUUUGUUGACAAUCAAGAUGUCCUGGAUCUCAUCGAAAAGAAACCUGGUGGCAUUAUUUCUCUUCUUGAUGAAGCUUGCAUGUUUCCUAGAUCAACACACGAAACUUUUGCCCAGAAGUUGUAUCAGACAUUCAAAAACCAUAAAAGGUUCAGCAAGCCUAAAUUGUCACGUAGUGACUUCACAAUUUGCCAUUAUGCUGGUGAUGUGACUUAUCAAACGGAAUUGUUCCUGGACAAGAACAAAGAUUACGUUAUUGCAGAACACCAAGCACUUCUUUAUGCUUCUAAAUGCUCCUUUGUAUCGAGUUUGUUUCCCCCCUCGUCUGAGGAGUCAUCCAAACAAUCAAAGUUCUCUUCAAUAGGUUCACGAUUCAAGCAACAAUUGCAAGCUCUACUUGAAACUCUCAGUUCCACCGAGCCACACUAUAUUCGUUGCGUAAAACCCAACAAUCUUCUUAAGCCUGCAAUUUUUGAGAACAAAAAUGUUCUGCAGCAACUGCGUUGUGGGGGAGUUAUGGAGGCAAUUAGAAUAAGCUGUGCAGGGUACCCCACUAGAAAAACCUUUGAUGAAUUUGUGGAUCGGUUUGGACUUCUUGCACCUGAAGCACUAGAUAGAAGCUCUGAUGAGGUUUCUGUAUGCAAGAGGAUUCUGGAAAAAGUUGGACUUAAAGGUUAUCAGAUUGGAAAAACAAAAGUGUUUCUUCGAGCUGGUCAAAUGGCUGACUUAGAUACUCGUAGAACUGAAAUACUAGGAAGAUCGGCAAGCAUUAUUCAGAGGAAAGUUCGUACCUAUUUGGCCCACCGAAGUUUUGUAUUGCUUCGUUUGUCUGCUAUACAGAUUCAAGCUUCGUGCAGAGGACAACUUGCUCGACAAGUUUACGAGGGAUUGCGGCAAGAGGCUUCUAGUCUGAUGAUUCAGAGGUAUAUACGCAUGCAUGCUGCUAGAAAGGCUUAUAGAGAAUUGUAUAGUGCUGCUGUUUCUAUUCAGACUGGUAUGCGAGGGAUGGCUGCUCGUUGUGAGCUGAACUUUAGGAAGCAGACUAAGGCAGCAAUUGUCAUUCAGAGCCAUUGCCGAAAAUAUUUGGCACAACAUCGUUUUAAGGACUUGAAGAAGGCAGCAAUUGCUACACAAUGUGCAUGGAGAGGAAAAGUUGCUCGCCGAGAGUUACGAAAGCUCAAGAUGGCUGCCAGAGAAACUGGAGCACUCCAAGCUGCCAAAAAUAAGCUUGAAAAGCAAGUUGAAGAUCUUACACUGAGGUUACAGCUGGAAAAACGCAUGAGGGCUGACAUGGAAGAAGCAAAAUCACAAGAAAACGAAAGAUUACAGUCUGCUUUGCAAAAGAUGCAACUGCAAUUUAAAGAGACUAAGGCACUUCUUAAGAAGGAGCGUGAAGAGGCUAUGAAAAGAGAGGCAGAGAGAGUACCUGUCAUACAGGAGAUUCCGGUUGUUGACCAUGGUUUGAUGGAAAAGUUAACUAGUGAAAAUGAGAAACUCAAGAACUUGGUGAGCUCUCUGGAAGAGAAAAUUGGUGAAACAGAAAAGAGGUAUGAAGAGGCAAGCAAAGUCAGUGAAGAAAGGUUGAAGCAAGCUUUGGAUGCUGAAUCAAAAAUAAUCCAGUUGAAGACUGCAAUGCAAAGGCUUGAAGAGAAAUUCUUAGAUAUGGAAUCGGAAAACCAGGUUCUUCGGCAACAAACUCUGAUAACGUCAUCUGUAAAACCAAUGUCAGAGCACCUUUCCAAUCAUGUUUACGAGAAGUUGGGCAAUGGUCAUCAUGUGGUAGAAGAGCAGAAAUCUGCUGAGAGUGUUACACCUGUUAAAAUGUUUGGUACAGAAUCUGAUAGCAAAUUGAGGAGAUCCUACAUUGAACGUCAACAUGAGAAUGUUGAUGCUCUUGUAAACUGUGUAAUGAAGAAUAUUGGCUUCCAUCAUGGAAAGCCUGUUGCUGCAUUCACCAUUUACAAAUGCCUGCUCCACUGGAAAUCAUUUGAAGCUGAAAGAACUAGUGUAUUUGACCGUCUUAUCCAGAUGAUAGGUUCUGCAAUUGAGAAUCAAGAUGACAAUGAUCUUAUGGCCUAUUGGUUGUCAAAUACAUCUGCAUUAUUGUUUUUGCUCCAACAAAGUUUGAAGUCCGGGGGUGCAAGUGAUACCACCCCAGUUAAAAAACCACCUAAUCCAACAUCCCUCUUUGGAAGAAUGACUAUGGGUUUUCGCUCGUCCCCUUCUUCAGCCAACCUUCCGGCCCCAGCAUUAGAGGUUGUAAAGAAGGUUGAAGCUAAAUACCCUGCUUUGCUGUUCAAGCAGCAGCUCACAGCCUAUGUAGAAAAAAUAUAUGGUAUCCUUCGGGACAACUUGAAAAAGGAGUUGGCAUCGUUGCUUUCAUUAUGUAUACAGGCCCCAAGAACAUCAAAGGGAGUGUUACGGUCUGGCCGAUCCUUUGGCAAAGAUUCUCCCAUGGGUCACUGGCAAAGUAUUAUUGAAUCCCUCAACACCCUCCUAUGUACUUUGAAAGAGAACUUCGUGCCUCCAGUCCUAAUCCAAAAGAUCUACACUCAAACAUUCUCAUAUAUUAAUGUUCAACUCUUCAACAGUCUUCUUCUACGUCGGGACUGUUGCACAUUCACCAAUGGAGAAUAUGUGAAAGCUGGUUUAGCAGAAUUGGAGUUGUGGUGUGCUCAAGCAAAGGAGGAGUAUGCAGGUUCAUCUUGGGACGAGCUUAAGCACAUCAGACAGGCAGUUGGGUUCUUGGUUAUUCAUCAGAAGUACAGGAUUUCCUAUGAUGAAAUCAUUAACGAUUUAUGCCCUAUCAUGAGUGUCCAGCAGCUAUAUAGAAUAUGUACACUUUACUGGGAUGCUAACUACAAUACUCGAAGCGUUUCUCCGGACGUCCUUUCUAGCAUGAGGGUGCUUAUGGCCGAGGAUUCGAAUAAUGCUCAAAGUGAUUCUUUCUUGUUGGAUGACAAUUCCAGUAUUCCCUUCUCAGUGGAUGACCUUUCUACAGCACUCCAAGAGAAGGAAUUCUCAGACAUGAAACCAGCAGAAGAGCUUCUUGAGAACCCUGCCUUCCAAUUUUUAAAUGAGUAGGCAAAAAGGAAAUGAAGCUUAGUAUGCAUUUUAUAAAUUGUCUCUUAGUCAAGGCAGGCAACAAAAUCAGUUGGUGGUCCUUGCCAUAGUUGCUGUAAAUCCUUUUUUUCUUAUUUUAAUUUUGUUCUUUUUUCAUUUUACCUAUUUCUUUUGUUUUGGUUUUACAUAUUGUUUAUAGUAUCCCUGCAUCAUCAUGCCCCUGAUGUAAAGUUAAUUUUUUCAUUCUUUGGUUGGCAUUCAAUUGUAAAAUCUUCAAGGGGUAGGGAUAUUUAUAGGAUUAGGUGAGCUUGCCUUAAUAUUUGUUCAUUUUUGUUGUCUUUUAAAGUCAAUUUGGUCAGAAAACCUCUAGAAAGUUCAGCUGUGCUUAUAAUUUUUGUUUUUGGGGUCCAAGCUGACUUUCCACAUUUUCCUUUUUUGCUUGUGUAAAGGGUAAAAAAAUGCACAUUGAUAUUUGAUAAAUAAUGAAUAGGUUUUCAUA